AUGUACAAACCAUCUAAAAUAUGGAUAUCGACAAUAAUUUUAUUAGGUUUCUCAUUGGAUAAUACACUAAGUGCAUGGUUGAGAUGUUACAAAACCUCUCUCAAUAACUACACUGAGACAUCUCUAGACAAUCCGACCCCGCUCUUGCACGAUCCAUGUUUUGACCAAAACCUCCGAACUGUAAUCUAUGCAUUCGGAUAUAGAGGAAAAUGUGACGGUCCAGCGACAACUGCAGUUUUACAAGCAUAUUUGAAUAUGAAGAAAAGAAAUGUUUUGUUGUUAGAUUGGCAAUAUGAGGCUCAAAGUGGUACUUUGGGCAUACCUCUUGGAUACGCACUAUACGCUGUACCUAAUGCCAAAAAAAUUGGGCACAAACUAGGUGAAGCUUUAAUGAUCCUUACUCGAAAUGGGCUUAAUAUGACUGAAGUACAUCUUAUCGGACACUCUUUGGGAGCCCAUGUCAUGGCUUACGCUGGAAGAUGGACUCGGCAAAGAGGUCAGGUUAUUUCAAGAAUAACAGGUCUAGAUCCUGCACGAGCUCUGUUCGAAGGUACAUUAUCAAUACGAAGUGGAUUAGAUAGAACUUGUGCAAAAUUCGUCGAUAUCAUUCACACAAACCCAGGGUACUAUGGCAGUACCAAAUCUACUGGUACAGUAGAUAUAUGGCCUAACUUCUCGCCAAGUGAUGGCAUGCAGCCUGGCUGUCCGAAAGGAAACUUUGACAGGUUUACACCUGAAGAUCUCUGCAGUCACGACCGCGCUUGGCGGUAUCUUGUAGAGUCAAUUUCUUCAGCAACUGCAUUUCCCGCGGCGGGGGCUGAAAGUUACAGUACAUGGCUCGAUAUGAACACGCUUCCCAACAUCACAAUGUACAUGGGAGAAUUGACAAAUACCAAAGCACGCGGCAAUUAUUACCUAACAACAAAUGGACAGGCUCCAUUCAGCAAAGGACCUAUCGGCAUGAUGCCAAACAAUCAAUUAAGAAAGCGAAGAAAUCCAUCGACGUUGGCAUUAACCGCGAUUUUUAGAUUCUUACGG